AGCGAUACGGCCAGCCUUUUAUGAUUGCUAAAGCCUGCCGAGACAAAUUACAUGCUUGGCCAAAAAUAGCGUCAAGAGAGAGCGCUGACUUAAGGAAAUUUGUGGACUUUUUACGCAGUUGUGAAUGUGCCAUGGCUCACAAUGGGAGUCUGCGUAUUCUUGAUGAUGGCAUUGAAAAUCAAAAACUGACAGCCAAGUUGCCUGAUUGGUUAAGCAGCAGAUGGAACCGAAAAGCCACACAGUAUCAGCUAGAGCAUGGAAGGUUCCCAGAUUUCAAAUAUUUUGUAACUUUCCUGACAUUGGAGGCUAGUAUUGCUUGUAACCCUGUUACAUCUUACUAUGCCUUGCGACAAGGGGAGCCGGAAAAGACAAGAUUUAAACUUCAGAAUGUAGUGACCUCUAAGAACCAAGCAGCAAGUGCAAGGAUUUUUACAACUAACACCACUGAGAAGAACAUAAGUACGUGUAUGUUUUGUAAGAAAACAGGACAUGUCUUGCACAAGUGCCGUAGACUAACUGCAAGGCCAGUUGCUGACCGAGUGAAGUUCAUUCAAGGUGAGAAACUGUGCUUCGGCUGUUUGAGUCCUGGCCAUCAAUCCAAGAAUUGCAGCAACCGGAUGGUCUGUGACACCUGCUCAAGGCGCCACCCCACAUGCUUACAUGAGGAUCGCUCAAAGCAACAAGAAAAUGACAAGACAAGUUGCAGUAAGGAAAGAAAGCUACAAUCGCCGCAAGACACCAUUCAAGAAACCACAUCCAAUAGAGUUGUACAUGAUGGUAACAAUGCUCAGACUUCAGCAAUAGUUCCUGUUUAUGCAUCAAUGCCAGGUGAUUCAAACAAAGAAGUCCUUGUCUAUGCUCUGUUAGAUUCACAAAGUGACUCUUCAUUCAUUCUUGAAGAAGUGGCAGAUGCUCUUGAUGUUAAUGCAGAACCAGUCAAGUUGAAGCUGUCCACAAUGUCGUCCAAGGAGACAAUUGUACCAUGCAAAAGACUCAAAGGUCUACAAAUAAGAGGGUUAUCUUCUUCUAAGAAGAUCACAGUGCCAACGGUCUACACUCGUGAAUUCAUACCUGCCAAUCGUACGCACAUUCCAACGCCAGAGACUGCAAGGGCAUGGCCUCAUUUAGAGCAUCUUGCGGAACACAUUGCCCCAUCGAAGAAUUGUGAAAUCGGUCUUCUGAUUGGGUAUAACUGUCCACAAGUACUAAUGCCUAGAGAAGUUGUAUGUGGUGAGGACAACCAGCCCUUCGCACAGAAAACUGACGUAGGCUGGAGCAUAGUGAGCUAUGGUGAUCCAGGCGAACACUUCAGUGAUGCAAUUGGAGUAAGUCACCGCAUCAUUGUAAAGCAAGUGACCCCUGAACCCAAAGUAACAAGUAAGUUGAAGAGCGAAGUUCAUUAUGUUUGUAAAACAAGAAUUAAAGAAAUGACUACUCCAGAAGACGUACUUAAGGUGCUAGAAUCUGACUUCAGUGAAAGGCUUGGAGAAUGGGCAAAUCUCUUGCAAGAAGAUCUCCGGUUUUUGACUAAAAUGAAAGAAGAAAUUAGGCACAAAGAAGACGGGCAUCUUGAAAUGCCUCUGCCUUUUAAACAGCGCAGGCCAGCGCUACCAAAUAACAAGCCAUGUGCUGUUCAACGCCUCAUGUGCUUAGAAAGGAAGCUCAAGAGAGAUCAGACAUAUCGGACAGACUACAUGAACUUCAUGAAAGACACUAUCAGUCGUGGUGAAGCAGAAAGGGUCCCAGAAGAAGAGCUUGAUAAACAAUCAGCCUGGUAUAUUCCCCACCAUGGCGUGUACCACCCUCAAAAGCCAGAGAAACUGCGAGUGGUCUUUGAUUGCUCGGCAAGAUUUCAAGACAUGUCGUUGAAUGACCACCUUCUUACAGGGCCAGAGCUCACAAACACUUUGGUGGGAGUUCUUUGUAGAUUUCGAAAGGGCCCAGUCGCUAUUAUGUGUGAUGUGGAACGAAUGUUUCAUCAAUUCCAUGUAAAGCCUGAAGACCAAGACUACUUGAGGUUCUUAUGGUGGGAGAAUGGUGAUCUUGAGUCUCCGCCAUCAGUUUUCCGGAUGAAAGUCCAUUUGUUUGGAGCAGCUUCCUCACCUGGCUGUGCCAAUUUUGGACUCAAACAUCUAGCCACAGAAGGUCAGGAUCGAUUUAACCAAAGCACUGUCAAGUUCAUUCGAAGAAAUUUUUAUGUUGAUGAUGGACUGGUGAGUGUAGGGUCUGAUGCUGAGGCAAUCGAGCUGAUCAAGGAAGCGAGAGAGCUCUGCAGUGCAGGCAAGCUUAGAUUACACAAGUUCAUUUCCAACAGCAAGAAGGUAUCGGAGUCAAUACCGAAGGAAGAGUGUGCUGACAGUGUUAAGGAGUUGGACAUAGAUUUAAAGGAGCCACUCCUAGAAAGAGCACUGGGCGUGCAAUGGUGCGUAUCCUCUGAUGACUUUCAGUUCAGAGUAACUGUCAAGAAACACCCAAUGACGAGAAGGGGAGUGCUAUCUACAGUGGCUUCCAUCUACGAUCCUUUGGGUUUCGUAGCACCAUUUGUUUUACGUGGGAAGUUGAUCUUGCAACAGUUGGUUCGAGAGAAAGCUAGUUGGGAUGAACCACUUUCAGAGGAGUGCAGAUCACAGUGGCAGUCAUGGUUACAAGAUCUUCAUAACUUAUGUCAAGUAAGGAUUAAAAGGUGCUACAUGCCAGCAAGCUUCAUAGAUGUCAAGCAGUACGAAUUACAUCACUUCUCAGAUGCUAGCUUCACAGGUUAUGGGGAGUGCACUUAUCUAAGAGCAGUCAACUCUAAUGGCAGCGUACACUGCUCACUUGUCAUGGGGAAGGCGCGUGUUGCCCCCACUAAGGUCACAACAGUGCCAAGGCUUGAGCUGUCUGCAGCAGUGGUUGCUGCGAAGAUGGGUGCCGUGUUAAAACAUGAGCUCGAAAUAGACAACCUUAAGGAAUAUUAUUGGACUGAUUCAAAGGUUGUUCUCGGGUACAUUAAUAAUGAUGCCAGACGCUUUCAUGUUUUCGUGGCAAAUAGGAUCCAGAGAAUCAAGGCCACCACAGAUGCCAACCAAUGGUAUCAUGUGCGGUCUGAAGACAAUCCGGCGGACCAUGCUUCGAGAGGGUUAUCUGCAGAUCAGCUCGUUGCUUCAAAUUGGUUCACUGGCCCAGACUUUCUGUGGGAAAAGGAGUUACCCACAAGAGAUGCUAAGGUGGGAGAGGUUAGUGACAAUGAUCCAGAACUUCGAAGGGCUCAGGUGCUCAACACCAGUGCAAGGGCAAAUAGAACAUUGUUGGACCGCCUGACUAAGUUUUCUGACUGGAAAAGAGUUGUUAAGGCUAUUGCUUGUCUUAAACGCACAUCUAAGCCAGUUUAUCUUGAAAGGCCAGUGCAAAAAAUAGUUCUACUGGUUGAAGCAGAAUAAGCAUGUGUUAAACUGUUGUAAAUGCUUAUAACUUGAAGAUUUAGAUCAGUAAGGAAAUCUCAAGUUGAGAUUUGGUGGGAGUUUAACUGCCAUAAUUGUAAAUUAUGUCAAUUUGUUUAAUUUAUCGUGUUCAUUUAUGUUGUUUAUUUCCUUUAUUUAUU